GAUAAGAACCCGGGCAGACGGCGUGUGGCGGGUACAGCGGCUGGGGCGGCACGAGUAGCGGCCGGAUGACGCGGGGCGGAGCACGGCGGAUAGCGGCCCUGGGCCUGGGGCUUCGGCUACUGCUCAGCCUCGGGCUGGGCCUGGAGGCCGCCCCGAACCCAGCCCGAACCCGGACGUCGGCCCAAGCUCCAGGCCCCAGUGCAGGCUCGUGCCAGCCCACCCACUUCCAGUGCCGCAGCAGUGGCUUCUGUGUGCCCCCCACCUGGCGUUGCGAUGGCGACUGGGACUGCUCAGAUGGUAGCGACGAGGAGGAGUGCAGGAUCGAGCCGUGUACCCAGAAUGGGCAGUGCCCUCCACCCCCUGGCCUCCCCUGCUCCUGUGAUAACAUCAGUGGUUGCUCUGGUGACACCUACAAGCACCUUCAGAACUGCAGUGGCCAGCCCUGCCCCGCAGACCAUCUGCACUGCGCACAGGAGGACACCUGCAUCCCACACACGUGGCGCUGCGAUGGCCACUCAGACUGCAUGGACUCCAGCGAUGAGCUUGGCUGCGAAACCAACAAGACUUUCCAGGGAGGGAGUGCCAUAACCAUGACCCCUGGGACCCUGGAGAUUGUCACUUCUCUCAGGAAUGCCACAGACGACUCUGCUGGGCACCAGUACAGAAGCCCAGGUGUCCACGGGGCCGUUGUUGCUGCUGCAGUGCUGAGUGCCAGCCUGGCUGCUGCCAUCCUCCUGGUAGUGAUAUGGCUCCGAGCCCAGGGGUAUCUACCCGCCCGUGGGCUUCUGGUGGCAGUGAAGGAGUCUCUGCCGCUGUCAGAACGGAAGACCUCAGUGCUCUGAGGACAUGCUCUCACACCUCGUCGCCCCUGCCUGAGUGCAGCCAGAUGAGGAUUGUCUGCAUGGGAACAUGCGGGCAGCUGCUGGGGCCCCAGCCCUCAGAGACGUGGGUGCUCCUGGCCACCUAGAACCUUGCAGACGUGGCCCAGGAGGCUGGGACACUCCCUGUGCACAGGAGGAGUUUGGAUGGAGAACACGCCACAGCCAGAGACGAGGGGCUGGCCAUAGCCCCUCCCAGGGCCGGGGAUGGCCCUGCACCUAGACACUCCUGCCACCCUUGCUAGGGUGACGAUUAAAGUUCUUCCACGUCCUC